CUUCUGUCGUCUAAGUCUUCGUCGUCUUCUUCUUCCUUUUUGGCAACACGAAGAAAGUGGACAUGAGUGAAGACGUCAAGACAGCGCAGCCGGGGCCUACAGAGCAGCCAAAGGUGCAGGUCUCGUCGCUCGACGGUCAUGGCGAAUACAACGAGAGGGCGAGCGGCGGGCUGCGACAGAGGGUCGGACAUCUCUUCACAAAGGAUGCCUGGCUGGGCGACUAUGACUGGGCGCACCUCUGCAUGCCGCGCCUGUGGCCCUACCGGCUCGGGAGAUCCUCGUCGUCGUCCACGUCGAAGCGACUGACGCCGAUGCCCUUUUACGGCCUCGAGGACCGGCUGCCGAUCUUGCUCGCUGUCACCCUUGGGCUCCAACACUGCCUGGCCAUGCUUGCCGGUCUGAUCACACCGCCGAUCAUCCUCGCCAACCUGUUCAAGCUCGACGCCUCGACGCAGUCCUACCUCAUCUCGGCCUCGCUCAUCGCCAGUGGCAUCCUCUCGGCCAUCCAGAUGAGCGCGAUCCGCGUGCCGCUUCCCUUUCUAGGAAGGCUCCAGAUCGGCACGGGCAUCCUCAGCGUCGUCGGCACUUCCUUUGCCACCCUGUCGACGGCCACGGCCAUUGCCGAAGCACUGUAUGCCGACGGUACCUGCCCCAUGGUCACGAUGGCCGAUGGCACCCAGACGAGGGGCACCUGUCCCCAGGGAUACGGCAUGGUGCUUGGCACGGCGGCCGUCUGCGGUCUGCUCGAAGUCUUUCUCAGCUUCAUGCCCGCCCGUGUCCUGCGCCGCAUGUUCCCGCCGCUCAUCACUGGGCCUGUUGUCUUUCUCAUCGGCACUUCGCUCAUCGGCGACAGCGGCUUCCUCAACUGGGGCGGCGGCGCCAACGACUGCGCUUCGAGGCCCGCCUCGGGCCUGUUUGCUCUCUGCCCCAUGGUGGGUGCGCCACAUGCGCUGCCGUGGGGCUCGCGCGAAUUCCUUGGACUCGGCCUCUUCUCCUUCCUCACCAUCGUCGUCGUUGAGAUCUGGGGCAGCCCAGCCAUGCGGAGUGCCUCGGUCGUCAUUGGCCUCAUCUUCCCCACCCUCGUGCUUGGCAUUCCUCUCCACUAUACCUCGCGGUCUUCGAUCGACGCAGCGCCUGCAAUCACCUUUCUGUGGACGACUACCUUCCCGCUCAAGGUCUAUGGUCCUGCCGUUUUACCCUUACUGGCCGUCUACUGCUCGCUGAUGAGCGAAGCCAUUGGUGACAUCACGGCCUCGUCUGAGGUCAGCCGUCUCGAGGUCUCUGGACCCAACUUUGACCGACGGAUCAAGGGCGGCGUCCUCUCCGACGGCCUCGCCGGCAUCUUUAGCGCCCUCUUUACCAUCACGCCCAUGUCCGUCUUUGCGCAGAACAACGGCCUGAUUGGCCUGACUCGCGUGGCAAACCGUCGGGCCGGCUACUUUUGCUGCUUCUUCCUCAUCCUCUUUGGCAUCCUGGGCAAGAUUUCCGGCGCGAUUCUCGCCAUUCCCAAUUCCAUCUUGGGUGGCGUCACGACGUUCCUCUUUGCCAGCGUCGCCGUCUCUGGCCUCUCGAUUCUGCAAAAGGUGGAGCUCAACCGGCGCAACCGCUUCAUCCUCGGCCUCUCGCUCUCCCUCGGCCUGGGCAACCUCCUGGUGCCAAAGUGGGCGACCUACUUCCUGCCCGAGACGUCAAACAAGGCCCUCGAGGGCUUCUACCUGUCGAUUGAGAUCAUCAUUGAGACGCCGUUCCUGAUCUGUGCCAUCGUUGGCGGCAUCGCAAAUCUCAUUCUGCCGUACGAGAGCGAUGAAAACGUAGAGGCGAGCCAAGGGCUCAUCAACGAGCAGCGAAGCGAGACGGACGUGGAAGCAAACGAAACUCAGAGGCAGGAGCGGCGAACGCUGCCAGACGACGAAAAGGACGAGUAGCAACGCCUGUGCUGCUGAUGCCCACUGUACUGCUAUUUUUGUCUCUCU